UUCGGUUUCUUCUACCAUGCCAUCUUAACCGACCAUUUGGUGGGUUGGUAGUGCUGGAAGAGAUGGUUAUGGUAGUGGUUAGCCAUGCAUGUCUGUCUUCCCAGGUGUUUGACCUGUUAAUCUAAAAUCAACCAUCCACAUCAUCAUAAAUAAUACACCAAAAAUAAUAUUCCAAUUCAUUUUAAUUUAUCAUUUUUUCGACAACAUGCACCCCACGAUUCCUCCAACACCAAAAAACAGCAAAAUAAUCAUCUCCACAAUUUUCUCAAGCUCACAAAAUACUGAAAACAUGAUUUGGAAGUUGGGUUUUUCCUCUUUUUCCUCUUUGUUUCUUCCAUAUCUGUCUCUCUUAGACAAAAAUAACCAAUAGGAGAGAUCAUCAUUCAAUCAUUCAUUUCUCCCUCUCUCUCUGUCCAUUCCCUUUCAGCUUUAACAAUUCUCAUGUUCUGUUCUUAGUUUCUAUUCCAUUAUACACAAAAAAAAAACAACAACAACAUAAUGGUUCGUGAUUUGGAGCAAGAACAAGAGAAUUACAGGUCUAGAUUGUAUCAUUUCAAGGGGAUGCAGGAGAAUGCAGGUGGCGGAGGAGGAGGGCGUCAUGUAAAGAGUUUGAGCAUGGAUGUUGCUUUUGAGGAGUCUUCCUCCGAUGACAGGGUCUCGUUUAGAAGUCAAGGAUCAAGAACUCCUAAUGAUCAACCUCCUCUAAGGCAACAAGCCGGGUAUGCUCUUAGUCGCAACGAUAAAGGUCCCAAGUCAAGGUUGAGCAAGGAUGAAGCUCCUCAAACUAAAGAUAAGAACUCAGAUAUGGAAUUUAUGAAGGAAAGAUUUGCUAAGUUGCUUCUGGGUGAGGAUAUGUCUGGUGGAGGAAAGGGAGUUUCUUCAGCUUUGGCUUUAUCAAAUGCCAUCACCAACCUUGCUGCUUCUGUCUUCGGUGAACAAUCGCGCCUGGAACCCAUGUCAGCGGAAAGGAAAGCAAGGUGGAGAAAAGAAAUCGAUUGGCUUUUAUCUGUCACCGAUUACAUUGUUGAAUUUGUUCCUUCUCAACAGAAAUCCAAGGAUGGAACAAAUAUGGAGAUAAUGGUUACAAGGCAGAGAAACGAUCUACUUAUGAAUAUUCCAGCCUUGCGGAAGCUUGAUGCAAUGCUCAUUGAUUGUCUAGAUAACUUCAAGGAUCAAAGCGAGUUCAAUUAUGUGUCGAAAGACGCCCCGGACUCUGAAAAAGGAAGCACCAAGAGAAAUGAUAAAUGGUGGCUACCUACAGUUAAAGUUCCCCCAAAUGGUCUAUCAGAGAUGACAAGGAAGUUUCUACAAUACCAGAAAGAUUGUGUGAACCAAGUGCUUAAAGCAGCAAUGGCAAUCAAUGCUCAAGUUUUAUCAGAAAUGGAGAUUCCAGAAAACUAUAUCGAAUCCCUGCCAAAGAAUGGAAGGGCAAGCCUUGGUGACUCAAUCUAUAGGAGUAUUACGGUCGAAUUCUUUGAUCCUGACCAGUUUCUGUCUACAAUGGACCUAUCAUCGGAGCACAAGACCCUGGACCUCAAGAACAGGAUUGAGGCUUCUAUAGUAAUUUGGAAGAGGAAGAUGAACCAAAAAGAUGGAAAAUCUGCCUGGGGUUCAGCUGUGAGUUUGGAGAAGAGAGAACUAUUUGAAGAGAGAGCGGAGACCAUCUUACUCCUCAUCAAGCAGCGGUUCCCGGGAAUUCCUCAAUCCUCAUUAGAUAUUAGCAAAAUCCAAUACAACAGGGAUGUAGGGCAGGCAAUUCUGGAAAGUUAUUCCAGAAUUUUAGAAAGCUUAGCAUACACAGUCACUUCCAGGAUUGAAGAUGUACUCUAUGCUGACUAUGUCACUCAAAAUCCAUCAAAAGUUUCAUGCAAGAGGAACCGCUUCAGAGACUUGCCUCCUUCUUCUCCCCCAUUACCAGACAAGUCCCCCCCGAGAGAAGAUAUAGAGAAUGACAACUCAGAAACACCCACUUCCAAUUCCAAGACAUUGUCGGAUUUCAUGGGUUGGAAUUUGGAUCAAGGCGAGGCAGAGAUGAAGAAGGAGCCCUUUGCAGAUGACUUAUGCAAAGAUGGUGAGAAACUUGGCGAGAUAGUGACCAACAAGAAGGUUUCUUACCUGGAGAACUUAGGUGGUCUAAGAAGCCCAACAGCACGCCAUUAAUAGCGACUAUUGAGGGAGAAAUGAAAUGAAAAUGGAGAGCUAGAGAAAGAGAUGAACAAGAAAUGUAUGAGCUGAAAUGUAAAUUCUCAGAUCCUUGGCAUUGUCAUCACCUUUUUUAUUCAGUUCUUUUUGUAAAUAGGAAAGAAUGAUCUUUUGUAAAACCUACUGGGUUUGAAGUAUUACAGAUGUUCUUUCUUCUGUCUUAAAAAUGGAUUCGUAGUUUGGUAGCACGAGAACCAGAUCUUCCUAGGCAAUGAAUUUUCAUACCGGAUUGAUUAUCAGUGUAGAAGACUUUAAAGUCUCUUGCUUGGUUGGCCAGACUCAAGAGUCGAGUCUCUCUUCCAAGCCAAAAAUUGAGGGACAGAGAGAUUUCUAGGAUGA